AUGAGGUUGGAGUGGUCCUUGCCUCUCCUGGGACUUCUGUUGUAUGGGGCUGGAACUGCUGCUCAGCAGGAUGACAACGAAGGACAGGAGGGAUUCCUGGUGGAGAUUUCCGGAACCACGGUGACAAUCACAUGUCCCCUGACUGAGGGCAGCAUAGAGUGGGAGACACCUGCACCAAAACCAGACAGCGGUGAGAGGAAGUACGUUAUAGAGAACCACGACAGCUCUCCUGCCAAUGUGACUUGUCAGUCAGGUGCAGAGAAACAUCAGCUGUACCUGAAUGCCAGAGUGUGCGCAAACUGCGAGGAGCUGGAUGCCUUGGCGGUGACAGGGAUCAUCGUUGCGGAUCUUCUCAUCACCUUCGGGGUGCUGAUUCUGGUCUAUUACUUCAGCAAAGACAGGAAGGGAAGGGCAGGUGCUAGUGCCGGCAGCCGGCCACGAGGUCAGAAGAUGCAGCGUCCUCCCCCCGUUCCAAACCCGGACUACGAGCCCAUCCGGAAAGGUCAGCGGGAAGUGUAUGCAGGCCUGGAAUCCAGGGGCUUCUGA